CACCACAAAUCAACUGGCUUAGGGCACCGGAAUGGCCAGCAUCGACACUGAGAGGGACCUGCACAGACAAGACAUGGCAUCAUAUUCACCAACCUUUUAGAAUGACAGAAAUAUAAAGAAGCUGAUGAAGGUCUGCUGCUGGAAACGCUCCUCAUGACAGGUGUGAUACCAGGCUUCCUGGCAGACAGAAUCGUACGGCUGAAGAGCUCAUCUCCUGAUGAAGAGGAGACCUCUCACUGUAUACGCACGCAACCAUAGAACUCUCACUGUGAGUAGGCCUCCCCUUCUGAUGGAUCCAGCCCUCAGCUCCCCAGAGCAGCUCCGCUCCUCUGACCCCCAGACGACCUUUGACCUUAGUAAGGUGCUACUGGCUGUGGCGCUGUCUGUGUUGGCUGUGGCAGCGGCGGGGGUCAAUGCGCUGGUCAUCACGUCCAUCCUGGCCACACGGAAGCUGCGCAGUCCUGCCAAUUUCCUGAUCUGCUCGCUGGCGCUGACCGACCUGCUGGUGUCAGUGCUGGUGAUGCCAGUCAGCAUCGUGUCUCUGACCGCAGACGGGCGCUGGCAUCUGGGCGCGGCGCUGUGCAACCUGUGGCUGGGCAUGGACGUCGUCUGCUGCACCUGCUCCAUCCUGCACCUGGCCGCCAUCGCGCUCGACCGCUACCGCGCCAUCACCGACGCCGUGGCGUACGCGCAGAAGCGCACGGCGCGCCACGCCCUGCUCACCGUCGCCGCCGUCUGGCUGCUCAGCGUGCUGGUGUCGCUGCCCCCGCUGGUGUGGAGGAGGCAGGACACCGCAGACACGCUGGACGAGGACGGGCCCACGCAGUGCGUCAUCGAGCACGACCACGUGGCCUUCACCGUCUACUCCACGUUCGGCGCUUUCUACGUGCCGCUGUUCCUCAUCCUGGUCCUGUACUAUCGGAUCUACCGGGCGGCCCAGACCCUGCAGGACCGCCGCGGCAGCCGCCGGCCGUGUCUGACCGUGAGCAGCGCUGUUCUGCCGGGGGAGGGGUCCGGGUCGGGCGCGCUCAGUCCCGUCACCCUCAGCCCGACCGAGCGCUCCUUCUCCGAGCCGUCCAAUGAGGGUGAGCGUGCCUGCAUGGCCGGUCCAUGGUGCGCUCCUCCACUGCGUCCCCCCUGCCGACCCCCAGGGGUCGCCCGUGAGCGCAGGGCCGCCCUCACACUGGGGCUCAUCCUGGGCGCCUUCGUGGUGUGCUGGCUGCCCUUCUUCCUGAAGGAGGUGAUCGUCAACAGCUGCCCAUCGUGCCACACGCCUGCGGCACUGGCGGAUGGCCUCACCUGGCUGGGCUACCUGAACUCGCUCAUGAACCCGCUCAUCUACACCAUCUUCAACCAGGACUUCAAGAAGGCCUUCAAGAGGCUGCUGGCCGUCCGCUGCACACACCACAGGUGAGCUGCAGGUGAGCUGUGGGCUCAGGCGCUGUCUCCUUGUUGCAGACUGGUCAUCGGGUGCCAUCUCUGUGAAGUUCUCUGUCGCUCUAUGGACGUUCUAUCGACACUUCAGAACUGCAGCGUUUAUGUGAAGCCAGCAUCGUCUUGUUUCCAUGGACAUCUCAGAACUGCAGCGCUUAUGUGAAGCCAGCAUCGUCUCGUUUCCAUGGAUACGUCAGAACUGCAGCAUUAAUGUGAAGCCAGCAUCGUCUUGUUUCCAUGGACAUCUCAGAACUGCAGCGCUUAUGUGAAGCCAGCAUCGUCUCGUUUCCAUGGAUACGUCAGAACUGCAGCAUUAAUGUGAAGCCAGCAUCGUCUUGUUUUCAUGGACAUCUCAGAACUGCAGCACUUAUGUGAAGCCAGCAUUGUCUCGUUUUCAUGGAUAUGUCAGAACUGCAGCAUUAAUGUGAAGCCAGCAUCGUCUUGUUUCCAUGGACAUCUCAGAACUGCAGCGUUUAUGUGAAGCCAGCAUCGUCUCGUUUCCAUGGAUACGUCAGAACUGCAGCAUUAAUGUGAAGUCAGCAUCGUCUCGUUUCUAUGGACGCCUCAGAACUGCAGCAUUUAUGUGAAGUCAGCAUCGUCUCGUUUCUAUGGACGCCUCUAAAUGGCAGCAUUUAUGUGAAGUCAGCAUCGUCUCGUUUCUAUGGACGCCUCAAAAUGGUAGCAUUUAUGUGAAAUCAGAGUUGUUUUGUUUCUAUGGACACAAUCAAUGCUUGAAUUUCCCCUGGGGAUAAAUAAAGUAUCUAUCUAUAUAUUCAUCUAUCUAUCUAUCUAUCUAUCAUCUAUCAUCUAUCUAUCUAUCUAUCUAUCUAUCAGUAAAACCAAUCAGGGCUUGAUGUGAAUGACCGAUGACCAAUGUGGAUGACUUUAGAAAGAGUACACAUAGAGAGGGACUCACUUUAGAGUGAAUAUCUAUAGAGGAAACAUGUUUGUGUACAUACUGAUUAGAUUUCUUUAUAUUUCUUUCAAAACUGGUGGUGGUUUAGCUGUGUGUAGGCUGUGCCAUUGGUCAUGUGUGUAGACUCAUGGGUGUGGGAAGGGCAGAGGGCAGUUAGAUGAGAGCCUUGCAGGGUGAAUUCAUGUUCUCUUACUGUCAGAGAUUAUUAUUGCCAGUUAUUAUUGUGCUGCUUAUAUGAGGAGGGUUUCGUGCAUUUUAUCAGUUAUGUUUGUGCUAUGUGUAUUAUGUACAGUGGAUAAACAUAAAAAGAGCCAUUUCAGGCCUGUCUACAUGCACAUGCACAAACACACACACACACACACACAAAGAUGGAAACCUUUCUCCCUCUACCCCCUGUACAUUAUGGUCAAGGUGUGGUCUGCUAUUGAUGAAGUGUUCAAAUGGUGCCAAUAAAUAAUGCUUCAGUGAGA